AUGCUCAAUGUCGUUAACAAAGGUCCUAUAGCCACUUUACAUCAAGCGUCAAAAACUGGUGCAGUUGGAAGUAAGCUGAAAGGGAAGUUUGUUUCAUGUUACAACAAGGUAGAGAAAAGGAUGCUAAGCCUUGAUGUAAAAGAUAGAAUUGCUAUGGGAAACUCUUUUCCUUUAUCUGUUUAUUAUUCGGUCCAGAACUGCUUAACCUCUAAAGAGAUGAUGAUCAUUCUAUCAUUUGCUUUUGAAAAGGAAAUUUGUUCAGAUGAUGAAGUUAAGUGUCUUAUGGCUCAAACUGUUGAAUCUCACGCUAACACUUCACAUGGUAGCAUUAUGAUUCUUGAUGAUGAUUCUUCUACCACUAAUAAUCUCAAGCCAAAAAGGGAUGAUGCAUCAACAUUUCAGGGUAAAGAGCAUAUUUGGUAUUUAGACAGUGGCUGCUCAAGGCAUAUGAUAGGAUUCAAAUCUCUCCUAUAA